AUUAUGCCCACGAGGUCACAUUGUUGGGUUCUGGUUGGUUGGGAGAUACACAGUCUCCCAGUUUGUAUGUCCUUUAGCUAUGGACAGAUAUUGGAUUUUUUCCCUUGGGUCUUCCAUAUUUCUACUUUGCUCUUGUGGGCAGUUCCUCUCACUGCUCAGAGUGGGGAAAGCUGAGACUUCAGAAGAGGAUGACCAUAGUCUCCCCAACUCUCCCAAAAGAACAUCAGAAAGUGAGGAAGAGGCAAAUACAUUCCUGAAAGAGUAUGAAAAGACAGCUCUAAUUGUGUGGCAUGAUUAUGUGGAAGCUGCCUGGAAUUACAACACCAACAUCACUCUGUAUAAUCGUCAGCAAAUGCUGGAAAAGAACUUCCUGAUGGCUCAGCAUACAUUAUAUUAUGGCACAAAGGCUCUCCAAUUUAAUAUCACCAACUUCACUGACCCACUACUGAAGCGCAUCCUGUGGAAGCUGAGGGAAAUGGAGAGGGCCAUCCUUCCCCAGGAUGACCUUAUGGAGUACAAUCAACUUCUAACAAAUAUGGAGACAAUCUACAACAUGGGUGAUGUGUGCUCAGAAGAGGGACCUUGCAUGUUCCUGGAGCCUGACCUUCUAAAGGUGAUGGCCUUCUCCAGGAACUAUAAUGAACUUCUCUGGGCAUGGCAAGGUUGGAGGGACACUAUGGGCCAACAGCUGCGCCCCAUCUACACUCGGUUUGUGGAGCUCAGCAACAAGGCUGCCAGGCUCAAUGGUCACACAGAUACAGGGGCCUCCUGGAGACAGAUAUAUGAGUCACCCACCUUGGAACAAGACCUUGAGCAGCUCUAUCAGCAACUAGAACCACUCUACCUAAACCUGCAUGCUUAUGUGCGCCGAGCUCUUUACAAUUACUAUGGAUCUCAAUACAUUAACCUAAAGGGAUCCAUUCCUGCCCACCUACUGGGGAAUAUGUGGGGUCAGUCCUGGAUCAACAUAAUUGACCUAGUCAUACCCUUUCCUUUAUCCACCAGAAUAAACGUCACCAUGCUCAUGAAAAGCCAGCACUGGACACCCUAUAAGAUGUUUGAGGAGGCUGACAAAUUCUUCCAGUCUCUGGGGCUGUUCCCUGUUCUCCCUGAAUUCUGGGCCAAAUCAAUGUUGGAGAAGCCAGGGGAUGGAAGAGCAAUGUCGUGCCAAGCUUCUGCCUGGGACUUCUAUGAUGGAAAGGACUUCAGGAUAAAGCAGUGCACUGGGGUGAAUAUGGAAGAUCUGAUAUCCGUCUUCCAUGAGAUGGGCCAUAUCCAAUACUUCAUGCAGUACAAGAAUCUGCCCUUGCCACUCCGAGAUGGGGCCAACCCAGGCUUCCAUGAGGCCAUAGGGGAUGUGGCAGCCCUCUCUGUCUCCUCCCUCAAGUACCUUCACAACUCAGACCUGCUGAUCAAUGAAAUAGAGGACUAUGAAAGUGAAAUCAACUUCCUCAUGAGUAUAGCAUUGAAAAAGAUUGCCUUCAUCCCCUUCAGCUACCUGGUGGACCAGUUUCGUUGGAGAGUCUUUGAUGGCCGCAUCACCAAGCAAUUUUACAAUAAGAAAUGGUGGGACCUAAGGUUAAAAUAUCAGGGAUUGUGCCCACCAGUGCCAAGGUCAGAGGAAGACUUUGACCCAGGUUCUAAGUUCCAUAUUGCUGGCAAUGUGCCUUAUAUCAGAUAUUUUAUCAGCUUUGUGAUCCAGUUCCAAUUCCAUGAGGCCCUGUGCCAAGCCGCAGGCCACAAAGGCCCCCUACACACAUGUAAUAUAUACAGCUCCCAAGAAGCAGGAAAACUCCUGGGGGAUGUCAUGAAACUUGGAUUCAGUAAGCCAUGGCCAGAAGCAAUGAAGAUGAUUACUGGACAAUAUAACAUGUCAGCAAAACCUCUCAUGGAGUACUUUAAGCCCCUGCUUGACUGGCUCAUUGCAGAGAAUGUUCGUAAUGAAGAAGUCCUGGGUUGGCCUGAAUUUGGCUGCUUCAUCUAUGAUGAUGCAGAAAAAAAAGUGAGAAUCCUGCCUCUGAGUUUGAACUCCACCAACACAGUUGCUGGGCAGUGGCUGCUGCUGGCCAUGUGCCUACUACUAAUGCUGCUCAUAGCAAGUCUACUCUAUGAGGCUGUAGCGGAGCAAUACAGGACAUCUGACCCCGAUAAGGAAGGCACAUUUCCUGGGAUCCCUGGGAAAAUCCCGCAUGCUGUCAGGAGCCAGUACCUGCUUUUCAUCUUGAGUCUGUUUCUGCUGCUCUCUGUGGUGUUGCUCUCUGUCUGUGUCUUCUUCCUCAACUCCAAGAAACACUGGAAUUUCAGUUCCAAUAGGGAACAAAGUGAAAAGUAGGGGUCUUUGGCUUAGGAACAAAAGGCAGUCCCUGUGAUGUAGACUGUAUUUAUAUGGGGGGGGGUGUAAAGGGGUAAAUUGGGUGCAGAAGGUGGGGGGGUUAGAGAUACCAAGAAUAGAGGUUGUUUAGCUGGAUCUGUGUUUGUGACGAGGUAGCUCUGGGUAUGGGGAUGAUUGUGGAUGGCUACGAUUAUGUGUGCUCCUAUAUCACUACAGGCCUGUGGCUAGAUGUGCAGUUAUAGGUGUAAGUGACUGAUAGGGUGGCUGGAUAUGUAUGCUACAUGCCUGUGUAUGACUGUGAUAUGUUGUGGGUUCAAAUACAUCUGAAGUCUCUAAGAUUUAUCUCUUAGUCCCCUUUUGGGGGCUAAAGAACCUUUGCUCUAGUCAUCUAUCUCUAUCAUCAUAUGGUCUAUCCACCUUCCACCAAUCCUUAGGACUUGGGUCUUCAAGUCAGUCAUGUUUUGCAUUCUCUUGAACCCCUGGCAAUUGGCUGAAAGUGAGGGAAGGAGGGUAGUCCUAGUCGGAAAGGGUGCUGCUGAUACCCCAUUAAAAAUAAAUGUUACUUUAUUGGA